AUGAACGAACAGCUCUUUACCAUUCUGGCCACUCUCGUGCUGGUCCCUAUGCUUUUGGCGACUCUCCGGUUAGUGUUUGUGCUGCCAAGCUGCCGUAAGUUUGCUCCCGGUCCAAAAUCUAUCUCCACAACCCCGAAAUCCGUGCUUAUCCUGCUGGGUUCUGGGGGACACACCGGAGAGAUGAUACGGGUUUUGAAACAGUUUGAGCAUUUUGGAUUGCUAAAACGCACCUACGCUAUUUCCGACUCCGAUAAGACCUCGCUGGCAAGCCUGCAAGCCAUCGAGAAGUCGCCGUCGACCAUCAUUCUGCCAAGAGCUCGCAACGUUGGUGAAAAUAAAGUUUCCGCCAUAAUCAGAUCACUCAAGUCUUUUAUCGCAACGUUCCGCACAUUCGCCACCCUCAAAACUUAUCCAGACGUGUUUCUUUGCAAUGGGCCCGGUACAGCCAUUCCAAUCGCGUAUGUGCUGUUUUUCUUCAAAUUUCUAGGUCUGUGCCAUACAAAGAUCAUUUACGUGGAAAGUCUUGCUAGAGUCAAGCAGCUGAGUCUCACGGGCUGGCUCAUACUGCCAAUUUCCGAUAGAAUUCUCGUCCAAUGGGAGUCCCUCGCCAAGAAGUAUAAACGAUGCGAAUACCAUGGCAUUUUGGUUUAA